UAUUAGUGGUAAUAGUACAGUAUUCCUGAAUCACACUAAAAUUUAAAUAUUGCGUAUCGAAUAAGUAAUUAUAAACUAACAUUUCACAAAGCAGUUUAUAAAUAUACACAUUCAUUUUACAAUUUGUAUACAUUCAUUUUACAAUUUGUGGAUGGCUACCGAUCCAGGCAGGAUCUGGUACGUGGCAGGAACCAAUCCUGGACGGUGGGCCAGAUCAGCUCAUGGCCUAGUUACGUACGUAUCAUCACACACUAACAUGGGGAAAUAUUACAGUUAACCCAAUAUGUUUUUUUAAUGUGGGAGGAGUACAACAAGGAAUACGUAUUCCACUAAGACCGUCGAUGUACACUCUAUUUAGCGAGAGCGAUGUUGCUUAAACUUCUCGCAUUUACCUCUGUUUUGUACCGUUACGGUAUAUUGGGAGAACAAACGAUGUUUUCAGGGUAAGGUAAAAACACAUGAUUAAAAAUCAACCUUAAGAUUUCGGUAACAACUUCAUUAAAUAUUGUAAUUUACAAUAUGAUUUCAUUUAGCGCUCCUAAAAGCGAAAUUAAAACUGUCCGCCAGUCCUUAUAAUGGCGAUUUGACGUAUGCGACGUGCUAUUACCAGAGAGACGUAGUAACGUAUUCUUUCAUUGGUUGCUACUGCCGGUGAGCUGCGUGAGCGCGAUAAUAAGUAGUUCUUAAAGGAACGUGAGUUAAAUAAUUCUGAGAGUAUUAACUUUCACAGAAAAAAAAUGAGCGCGAUAAUAAGUAGUUCUUAAAGGAACGUGAGUUAAAUAAUUCUGAGAGUAUUAACUUUCACAGAAAAAAAAAAGAAGAUUGACAUACUUGAUUUAGAAUACUUUAAAGUUAUGUCAAAACUGUCAGCUAGCUUUUUCUUCGUUUAGGUAACAAGGAAAGGAAAUUAUUGAAUCUAUUUAAAUUAGCUUUUCGCUUUCUUUAAAUUAUCAGUUAUUGUUGUUUAUAUGUUUGCGCUUCAAAAUAAAAGACGCCAUGAAGUUGAGGAAACGUCGGCAGAGAUUAACCAACCAACAAAACGAGUCUGUAUUGAUUUUGGAAACGCAGGUGGUAUUCAGGUUCAGGAAUACCCAAUGGAAACCUGGGACAUGCAAGAAAGUGUUCAAAACAUGGCUCAUCCGGGCAAUAUAGUUUCACCAAGUUUCACACUUAAUUCUUAUCCUUAUAUGGCCAGUAGAAAUUCAAACUCUGGACCUUGUCUCCGAUGUCUUGCAGGAGAAUCUGGUCACAUUAACCACUUAAUGAAGAUCUGACUGGUUUCUGGUGUUCAUUCAUUCACAAUGCUGUUGCAGUAUUGGCUGUUGGGAGAAUCUGUAGUUUGUUUUUUCCAUAUAAAGUCAAUGAAAUUAGCUUUUUUUUUUAAUAUUUUGAAAUAUUUUGCAACAAGGAUAUGAAAUUAACAGCACCAUAAAAAAUAACUAUAAUAACUUGCAUUUUUAUAUAUAUAUAAUAUAUACACACACAAUUUAUUGUUUGUUUAGAGCCCGAUACAUUUUUAUACAUCGGUUUUAAUUUUUUAUAGAGAUGUUUGCAAAAAAGAUAAUGCAUAUAUGGUGUAUGUGCUGGACAGAUUGUUUUGACUUUGGGGAAAGAAAAAAAAUGUCCACAAGUGUCAAAGACAUUUGCUUUUGAAAAACAUUGUUUCGUUUAGUAAGGGUGAAGUCAUCAGUCAGCAGAAUCCACUUUUUUUGUGUGUGUUAUUGUUUAAAAACGGCAACAUGCUAACCUUGGUUUUCAGAUUUAUUUCCAUUAUAUAAAUGAAUAUAUUGUAUAUAAAAUGUACACUGCAAGAUAAUGUGCCUUGUGGUUAUAAGACCUGUGUUUUUUGGCUAUUACUUAACUUACACACUAGAUGCAGUGUGUAUUAAAAAAAAUGUACUCAUUAAGUAUUUUACACUAAAUUCACCUUCAGCUGUGGGUAUGCAGUUUUGUUGUUUUGUUUAUAUAAAAAAAAAAAAAAAACUUCAAAUGUGAUUGUUGAAAGAGGAAAAGAAGAAUGAAAGUAGGGGGUGUGAGCUUAUAUAAAAAAAGAUGCUGUCAAAUAUAUCCACAGCUCGUAGUGCUGCCAAGCACUCAGGAGGCCAUCUCCUUAACUUGUGCUGCAAUGCCGAACUUGCUGGCUGUGCAGUGCAAUGAAGUAAUUUUUUUUUUUUUUUUUUUUACCCCCAAGUGCAGAAUUUCUAUUUUUCCUUGCUUUUCACUUCUGGAAUAUAACAUUAAUUGUAUACUUGCUAAUAAAGCCAUUAACUGCAGCAUUAUACCUAAUACAUUGAUGUAAACAGUUAUAAAUAAAAGUGCACUUCAGGGUUUAAAAUAAAGUGGUAGGCAUUCAUAAGCAGCACAAUUAAUAACAUAAUAAGCUAAUGUGAUAUAAAAGUGGCCUAAACACUGCAGGAAUGGUUGGUUGUGUUCAGUACUUAUCCCAUUUUAUAUUAAAAAAAAAAAAAGGCAAAGUUUUUGGAGAUGAAAUUAGUUGUUUUUUUUGUACAGAUAUUUGACUAACCUUUUGAGUAAGACUUUUUGAUAUGUAAAUACAAAAUUUGUUGAGAAUAUCCAUCUUAAAUAAUCACUAGUUUUAAGCUGGUUUUCUGUGUUUAAAUGCCAUUUGUAAGUAAAUGUGCCAAGUUUUGAUUGUUUAAUACAUUUGCAAAUAUUAUAUGAAAUAUCCCUGCUAAGAUAAUUAUAUAACCUCAUUUAAAAUUAUAAGCAAUAUAACAUGUAUUUUGUAGUACUAAAACAUUUGCUUAUUCAGUGUUAUAUACUUUAAUAUACAAGGUGGACUUGUGUAAGCAGCUGCAAUAAAAGUACACAUACCCAGUCUGGUUUAAAAAUAAUAAGCUCCCUGAUGUCAAAGAUUAUGUUCAUUGAAUAUGUAGAUAUGUUAUUCAUUUAUAUUGAUUACAUGUAUAAAAUGAGUCCUUAGUCCCAGACCUUAAGGUAAAUCAUUUACUCUGGUUUUAACAAUAGCGAGAUAGAUAGUUAAUUUGUUUCCAGCAACAUAACUUUGGAUUGGGUUUUAAAUGCACAAUGUGGCCAUUUUUGAACAUUUUGACAGACUAAAAAGAAAAAUUGGGACUUUAAAAAUCAUAAUAUAAACCCAAGAAAUAUCUUUAUUUUUCCAAUUUAAAAUUUGAACAAAUGUGUAAAAAAAAAAAAAAAAAGUUUUUACGGCUAAUAUUACAUUUUGUGUUUUAAAAUAUAGACUGUUAAUAUCUUAAUUUAAAAUAUUUUAAUUAUGGUUUAUGUGACAUCUUUGCAUAUUUUAGAACCUAUUUUACAUGAAUGCUUCGCUAAACUUAUUCUAUUCUGCUCAAUUCAUUAUGAUUAUCCUCACUGAUGAAUAAUACUUUGUAUUUUCUUGUUUACAUAAAAUCAUAAUUAGUAAAUUUACUCUGGCUAAGCAGGUUCUGAAAAUAUGGGUGAGUUUUUUUUUUUUUUUGUGUUUUCUCUUACAGUUGUUAUACUUUUUUUCUCUCUGAAAUAAAUUAACUGGGAAUUUAGCUUUAACAUUUUAGUGGUUGUAAAUUUGGUAAGCGAAUAUUAUUAACAAAAGCUGUAAAAUUUAGUUGGUUGUAAUUUUUUUUUUUUUUUUACAUAUUUUUAAUCUGGUGUCAAGAAAUGUAUGAAAAAUUGAGAUUCAGUGGUGAAAGGGGCCCCUAGAAUUCAGUUCGUUUGAUAAUGGUGAACUUUUCUUCAAAACAGAGCAUUUUUUUGACUUGGAAAAACUUGCAGACAUUGUAAUCAUUAAACAGAUUUUACCAAACAUAUGAAUUUAAGUUUAAACUGUAAUAAAUUUACAAUAUAAGAAGUUUUAAAAUUUAUUAAAAUUGAAAUGUAUGAAAGUUAAAAAUGUAUGCAUUCAUUAUAUCUAAUAUACAGUAUUGCUUAGGAUACAGGCAGUUAUGUCAUGUUUGAGACCAGUUUUCUGGAUCAGUCAAAUAAGUGGCUGAAUUUGUUUUUGAUUAUUGUAUGGAGUUUUUAAAAUGUCUGCAACUUAACAUAUUAUUUAAACCAAUGUUUUGUUUUGCUCAGGUUUUUUAUUAGAAAGAUAAUACAAUUCUAUACUUUUUAUAUAGUUAAGAGUAACAGGUUUGAGUGUUUUGAAAUAAAAGUGACAUGAAAUUUG